AUGGAAACUCUUGAUAAGUUAAAGGCGAAACGCAAGAUAAUUCGUACUGCUUGUACAAAAUUGAUUAACAAGGCUUACUUGUUAUUAGAAAGUUGUGAUAUUGAAAGCGAAAGUGAUCAAGAACAACUUUCGGAACAUUUAUCUAGUUUAGAAGCAAAACAAUUAGACCUCAAAAGCCUUUAUAGUGAAAUUGAGGAUUUAAUUUCUGAUAGUGCAUUGUUUGAUAUAGAAAUUCAAAGCUCUUUUGAAUAUGAAGAGCAAAUAAAUGAAGCUAAGUUCAAAAUCAAAAGUAAGAUCAAAAAGUUUAAAACUGAUCAACAACCUAUCCCACCACUUGCUGCUAAUGGUUCUAAUGUAAGAAUUAACUGUCCUGCAACAAGCAUUAAUUUGCCAAAACUAAGAAUUCCCACAUUUAGUGGAGAUGCUAGUACUUUUCUAGAAUUCAUCAAUAGCUUCAAUAAUGCGAUUGACUCUAAUGAUUCUUUAAGUAAUGUUGAUAAAUUCAUAUAUUUAAAGUCCUUUUUAUCCGGCGAAGCUUACAAAAUUGUUUCCGGUUUUUCUCUUACUGAAGAAAAUUACAAAUCGUGUUUAUCUCUGUUAAAGGACAGAUAUGGGAAGCAAGACCAUUUGAUUAGUCAUUUCAUGAAUCGCCUAUUAGAAACUGAACCCGUAAAAUCCUCUUUCAAUCUCAAGGGAUUACGAAAACUGCAUGACGAGAGUGAAAUAAGCAUAAGAAAUUUAAACUCAAUGGGAAUUGCAUCCGGAAAUUAUGGCCAUUUACUUAUACCUAUUUUAUUAAAGCAAUUACCCCAAGAUUUAGUCAUAGAGUUCCAUCGUAGAAGAGAUUCUUCUAAGAUUGGUGACGUCAAUGAAUUGAUAAAAUUUAUAAAAUUCGAAAUUGAAUCGCGCGAAUCUGCGAAUAUUGCUACUGGACAUUCUCAGGUUCCAGAAAUUCCCCGAUAUCAUUCACGAAAUUCCGUUUAUCAUGGAAAUACUAAAUUUAAAAAUAAAUUGUCUUCAUCUGCCGCGUUAAAUACUAUAGUUAAAAAUGUAUGUGCCUUUUGUAACUCCGACACGCACACUGCAUUAAAAUGCAAAAAAAUAUCGGAUGGGCAAAAACGUCACAAAUUAAAGAAAGAGGGUAGAUGCUAUCGGUGCAUGGCUCAUAGACAUAUAAUUUCACAAUGCAAGGCAAAAAUUCCACCCUGUGAGACAUGCCAGAGUUUUCAGCACAAUUCCUUGUUUUGCCCAAAAAAUAAAAUUGAAAGCAGCUCGUUUGAAACCGAAACCCACGGACAGGAAGUCGUAAUUUCUUCCGUUUUAAAGGCAGAAGAGAACCCUGGCAGUUACGCGACCUUACUUCAAACGGCUAACGUCCAGGCAGAAAAUGGUGCCAACAAGAUCAUGGCUAGACUUUUAUUUGAUUCAGGAUCACAAAAGUCCUUCUUGCGCAGUGAUCUGAAACAAGCUUUAAAAUUAAAAUCAAUACGCAAAGAGAAGCUUUUAGUUUAUACUUUCUCGAACCGAGAACCAAUCGAAAAAAUAUUCGAUGUUGUACGAUUCAGAAUAAGGAGCAAAUUUCCCCCUUAUCAAUUCUUAAACAUUGAGACUUUGGCUUCAGAAGAAAUAACUGGCGCGGACGUAUGCUUGAACGUUGACUUCAAACAUGUAAACAAAGUCAUUCCAGCCACCUGCAACCUUUCUGACUCCCUCGAAAAUUCCACCCCUAUCCAGAUCCUGUUGGGGGCGGACUUCCUGUGUAAUGUUCUAAGGGGAGAAGCAAGAAAAAUAAAUAAAAACUUGUUCUUGCAGCCGACACUCUUUGGUGACACUUUAAUUGGACAAAUCCCAGACUUGCAGAAAAGAAAACAUUCUUCCGUAUUUACUGUAUCUUGUGCUGUAGUGGAAACUGAUCUGAAGCGCUUGUGGGAGUUAGAUUCUUUCUUGCUCGAUGGGACUUCGGAAAAUAAAUCCAGGGAUAAUUUAGGUGAUUUCGGGAAAGAGCUUAAAAUAAAAAACGGACGAUAUGAAGCACCGUUGCAAUGGAAAACAAACGAAAUGAAAGAAAAAUUAAGUAAUAAUUUUGACGUUGCGGAAAAGAGAUUCAUUGCUUUAGAGAAAAAAUUUAAUAAGGAUCAAGCGUUGUUUGAGAGGUAUAAUGCUGUUAUGCAAGAGCAAGUUAACGAAGGCAUAAUUCAGAUGUGUCAUGACGAAUAUUUUACUGGAUAUGUAAUGCCGCAUAGAGAGGUUUUCAGGGAAACUUCUUCCAGUACAAAAACUAGGAUAGUAUAUGAUGCCAGCAGUAAGCAAGGUAAUAAUAUUAGUUUAAAUGAAUGCCUUCUUUCAGGAGAAAAUUUAAAUCCUAACCUUAUUGAUGUUAUAUUAAAAUUUAGAGAGCAUAAAAUUGGAUUUUGUGGAGAUAUUGCUCGGGCCUUUUUACAAAUAGAAGUUGCGGAAUUGGAUAGGAACUAUUUAUGUUUCUUGUAUUAUAAAAACUGUGAUAGAUCUCAACCAGUAACAAUGUAUCAUUUUAAUAGACACUGUUUUGGUGUAACUUGCUCACCUUUCAUUUUGGCUGCAACUAUUAAAACACAUAUCAAAGAAUACAGGGAUAAAUAUCCCCUUGCAUAUGAAAUGUUUAAUGAAUCGUUAUAUGUUGACGAUCUCUUUUGUGGAAGUUCCACUGUACAAGAUGCGCUAAAAUUGUCUUCCGAUGCUGUAUCGAUCUUGAAAGAUGCGAAAAUGAACAUGAGAAAAUUCGACACUAAUUCUGAAGAAUUAAAAAAUUUGUGGCGUAACUGUGAUUUCAUGAUUGAAAUUAAUGAACAGGCUGAUUCGCAUCUGAAAGUGUUAGGACUUGUUUGGAACAAUAUCGAUGAUACUUUGGGACUAGAUUUAAGAUCUUUGUUGUCAAACUUGAAUGACAACGAAUGCACAAAAAGAAAUGUGCUUCAUACUGCUGCAAAAUUGUUUGAUCUUUCUGGAUUUAUAUCUCCAUUCCUGAUUCGAAUAAAAUGUCUCUUACAAGAAUUAUGGCAAGCUGGUGUUGGAUGGGAUGAAGAGUUUUCCGGACAAUUAAAAGAAAAUUGGCAUGCAUGGUGUAAGGAAGUUAAAGAUUUGCAAAAUUUUAAAAUCCCACGUUACUAUUUUCCCGGCACAAACUUUAUAAAUAAGGAAGAUUUACAGUUACAUGUAUUUUCUGAUGCUUCCUUAAGAUCUUUUGGAGCUGUUGCUUACUUAAGUGGUAAGCUAAACCCAGCCGACAUGUUAACUAGAGGGAUUAGUAGCAAGGAUUUAAUCACAUCUGAGAGCUGGUGGCAUGGUCCUGAAUGGUUGAGGAACGCGGAAAACCUUUGGCCCAAAGCAAAGGAAUUUCAAUAUGAUUCUAAAGAGCCAGAAAUUGCAUCUGAAUUUAAAUCCGGCGUUAUAAUUAACACAGCUAUUGUUCAAGAAAAAAUAAUAGAUCCAGAAAAAUUUAGCUGCUUGCUUAAAUUGCUAAGAGUGACUUCUUGGAUAUUGCGUUUUGUAAAUACUCUUAAAAAGAAAAAUGUUGAAAAGGGUCCUCUUACUUCAGAAGAACUUUCCGACGCAGAAAUGUUUUGGGUGCGAAUAGUCCAAAACGACUGUUACUCUGGCGAAAUUCAGUGCUUGAAAAAUAAUAAACCUCUCCCGAGAGACUCUAAAUUAUUAUGUUUAAACCCUUUUCUUGAUAAUAAUGAUGUCCUUAGAGUCACAGGAAGACUAGGAAAAACAACCCAUUUAUCGACCUAUGAAAAGCAUCCAAUCAUACUCCCUCCUAAGGCUAAAUUAACAGCGUUAUUAAUUUGGGAAUCUCACAAAAGAGUCUUUCAUUCUGGUGUAUCCCAUACGUUGGUGCAAAUAAGAGAGAAGUUCUGGAUUUUAAAAGCCAGACAAACCAUCAAAUCUCUUCUUGGAAAAUGCACAAUAUGUAAACGAUUCAACUCUUCUCCCGGAAAUCAAGUGAUCGCGCCACUUCCAGAUAUUCGUGUAGAACAGUCAUCUCCAUUUACGAUCAUCGGUGUUGAUUUUGCUGGCCCUCUUUUCGUUAAAGAUAGUAUUAACAAGCAAUAUAUCUUGUUGAUAACCUGUGCAGUGACAAGAAGUGUUCAUCUAGAACUGGUCAGUGAUUUGACUACCGAUACAUUUCUUCUAGCUUUCCGACGCUUCAUUUCUCGACGUGGCUUGUGCUCUGUGGUGGUCUCUGAUAAUGCACGCACCUUUAAACGUGCAGAAUUAGAGAUAAAACUCAUUUGGAAUGUUCUGAAUCAUGCAGAUGUAAAAAACUUUUACUCUGCUAACGGAAUUAAGUGGAAAUAUAUUGUUGAAAGGGGUGGUUUUUACGAACGAAUGGUACGUACUGUGAAAACUGCUUUACGAAAAACACUUGGAAAAUCAUGUCUCACUGUUGAGCAAUUGCUGACUGUCCUUACCGAGAUUGAAGGCAUGAUUAACUCUCGGCCAAUUACAUAUGUUGGUAGUGACACUGAAGAACCGAUUGCUCUGACUCCAGCACAUUUUCUUCUAGGGAAACGUGUUACCUCCUUGCCCUCUGUAAGACUUACCUUGAUUCGAAUCUCUCUUCCAGGAAAUGCUUAA